AUGUCCACAAUAGGUUCUGUCAUGGCCAACAAGGAUUGCCCUUCAUGUCGGCUCGUUGCCCAACAUGUUGCAUCAAUCCCAGAUUUCGACACUAUCCCCAAGUCGAAAGGCUUGAGUUUGCGCCUCCUCAACUCUUCAUUCUCCAUCAGACAGCCUACAAGCACGAGCAUCACGCCGAUCGGGCGACCGCUCUACCUUGAAAUACAUCUCUGCGGCACAACAUCGAGUCACUUUACCGACGGGUUCAAUUACGUCGGAGCUUUACUACAGCCAGUUGAGAGAGCCGCGUCAUACGGCUCGAGUUUUGAUCAGGUCGCCAACACUACGAAUUUGACAUCGGAGCGCAAUGCUCUUGUCCGCUUGCGUCGACUUCCGGCGUUCGUAGACGUCGAUCUACUCAAAGAGUGGAUGAGCUUCUGUUCGGUGAGCCACGAACGAUGCAAGCGAUGGAAACCGAAAACCGAUGUCAGGGCCAGCUUGAGACUUGUUGACAUUCAGAAGCGUUGCCUCAUAACAUCUACACUCCAUGAACGAUAUGUGGCACUUUCAUACGUAUGGGGCCAAGGUACCAAAGGCGUGCUCAUCAAGUCCACCAUCGCAAACUUUUUCCGCGAAGGAAGCUUGACCGAAAAGAUUCUUCCGCGACUCAUAAUGGAUACUAUGGAAGUUGUAGCCCAGCUGGGCGAGAGGUUUCUCUGGGUUGACACGGCUUGUAUUAUACAAGAUGACAUGCAAGACAAACAACGGCAACUACCUAUCAUGGACGAAAUUUACGGACAUGCGACACUCACGAUCAUCGCCGCUGUCACAAACGCAGAGAUGCACCUUCCACGAUGGAGUUCCAACCAAUGUCGGUACACGACACCGAUAUCUAUGUCGAAAGGACCGCCGCUCGAAUUGCUUGAUGGCGUCGAGUAUAGCACUUCUAGACCGAAUUUGCAUACUACCAUGAGCGACACAGUAUGGAAUACACGAGGCUGGACGUUCCAAGAAGGUAUGCUAGCCAGAAGAGCACUUAUCUUCACUCAAAACCAGGUGUUUUGGAACUGCCCCGAUGAAUCGUGGUGUGAAGACCAGCACACCGAAUACAGAGAUUGGCGACAUCUGCCAACGGAGGCUAAUUCUUUGCUUGCCAUAUUUGAUUCGGAUAGCAUGGAAAUUCGCGAAGGACCAGGCUUGGAACAAUGGUGUGCAUUAGGCGUUUACAUGCACAGAGUGGAGCAAUAUACUAUGAGAAAGUUUCACGAUGACUCGGACGUGUUCUGGGCAUUCAUUGGAAUUCUGAAGGGCCUCAAGGAUCGAUUUCGAAAUGGCUAUAUCUGGGGCUUACCCUAUGACCACCUGGACGAAGCCUUGUUAUGGCAUACAUGCUGCAUUAAUGACUGUAGCGAAGGGCAUUUCGUGCCGGAUGAGGCUGGGGUCCUUCGUCGUCUCCCUAUGCCGUCUUGGACUUGGAUUGCCAAAGGCAGCCGCGUUAGAUACGGUGGCUGUCCAGACAAAGCAAUCAUGUCUCGCGUUACCUGGCUCGAUCCCAUACUAUACACUGGAGAUUACAAAGUGACAGGUAGCAGCAAUUCGGCUGAGGAGGUCCUACCGAAAUCCGCAUUCACAGGUGCCGAAGCACCAAGACUAGACGCAGACCUGCUUGACUUCGGUCUCCUCCAUUUCACCGCCGAUACGUCGUCUCUGACGCUCAAAAUCGAUACACGUUUGCAUGUUGCCAAAUGUCAUGUAUCUCUACCGGUGCGCAUAUUGACACCGUGCGGCAAGGAUAUUGGUAAGAUGACUAUUCCCGACACAAUCAUCUGCAGUCGUUGCGAGGAAUACAAGGCAGAAUUCAUUCUACUCUCAACCCAUACUGGCGAAAGCUGCGCUACCUUUUAUUACACCGAUGGUUCCCUUGUGCCAAAACCGGAAGCAGUGCCCUGGGCUAAUAUCAUGCUCAUCGAAUGGCGCGAGACUAGAGAAGGUGGUCCCUAUGCUGUCCGCUUGGGUCUUGCAAGAGUCAACGAAUCGGACUGGAAGGAGCUCGAGACGACCAGGAAGGACAUCAUCUUAGGCUGA